AAUUAUUUUUUUAAGGAAACGAGAUGUGGGAACAGAGCUAUGGACUAAUUUGAGUGACAAAGAAAAAAAAAUCCACUCGCAAGUUGUUGAUAACCGUGAAUUUUAUAAGCUGUCUUUUUUUUUACGGAACGUGUUUUCGGCGAACGCCAAUUUUGUUCACUUAUCUCCCGUUUGUUUCCAGUUUCUCAAAUAUACGAUCGUCGGCGGCGUAUCUUUUUUGACGAACACGUGCGCUUAUAUAACCUCUAACACCCUCUGUAUUCUCAUUCUUGCUCAAGUCACUCUUGAUUUCACGUAACUGCACACACUUAAGUCACACGGAUAUAUUGAUGCUCACGAGAUGCUCACGAGAGAGCCGGCCAGUCGUCUUUCUCCUUGUAUCUUAUCGUAUAUUCCAGUUUUGAUACGCGAUAACUCCACCUGGUCAAGUAUAGUAGAUCCCCAGUAGUAUGAGUUACGUCGUGCCACAAAUCGCUAUUGACUAUGACAUUUGUUUUAGUUAGUCUCGAAAAUAGAUUUUUUCCAUCUCUGAUGUCGGACGUUCUACAUCAAUUCGCGAAAUUAUUUCCCAACGGCUCGCUGGACGUUUGCUUAAAGCUUUAUCGAUAAGUGCAAAGAACCGUGGAAUACUCUGAUCUCUUUUUCUAUCUAGCUCAUCGUCGUAAGGUGUGAAAUAAGAGUGAUGUCGGGUGCUAACAAUGAGGUAAAACAGUCCCAGGUAGACGAGAUAGAAGAGUAUGCCAUGACUUGUCUGGGAGCGUUAGUAUUUGCGGACAAACAUUCACGACAAUCAUUCACCUCGGGUGACUCAUCGAACACGCAAGUCGAUUCUUUGUCACUUGCGUACGAGGAUCUCUUCACCAUGCCGCACAACAUCAUACAAGAUUACAGUCUCACUGUGCAGCAUUUAGAUAUCAGUAACAACAUGUUCAGUAGAAAUUUGCAGUUUUUGUCAGAAUUCGACAAUCUAAGAUCCAUAAACUUGGAUCACAAUAAAGUGGAUGACAUCACCGUGUUCCCAAACAUGCCGAACCUCGAGCUUCUCUGGUUGAAUCAUAACUGUAUAAAAAGUCUGUAUCCCUUCGUCAAGAAUCUCCAUAGAAGCGUACCGAAUCUUAAAUACUUGUGUCUUAUGGGAAAUGAAGCAGCACCUAGUUAUCUUAAUGGUGGAGAUUUCUGUGAUUAUCUUCGAUAUAGGCUGUAUGUGCUAUCUUGGUUCCCACACUUGGUGCACUUGGACGACAGAACUGUGACCGAGCAACAACUACUACAGGCUAAGAAGUUAUUUAAACGAUCGUUGCUCGAAGACUUUGUUGCAGUGCCGGAAUGCAUUAAGGAACUGCAUAAUAAGAUAGCUGUACAUUCCAAAUCACCGGCGUCUGACAGACGAAGAGUAUCGAAUGAAACAAAUUUGGUUGUCUGAACAGUAUUAAAGCGCAGCUUGGAAAAGAUGUUUCUUUAAGUAAUAAACAGUUAUGAUUCCUUAAACAAUAUUUUGCAAUAGAUAUCAAAUAAGGCAGUUUAAAGAGUUCAUGCUAUUGAUGCGUAAAAAUUCUUCUAUUUCGAUCCAGAUAACACGUAAAUCGUGCGUUUCCGCGUAAUUCAUAAUUAUUGAUUUGCCGAGGCUUAAUUAGGCCGAAACGUACGUUUUACGUAUUAUCACGAUUGAAAUAGAAGAAUUUUUACGCACUAACAACAGUUAGACUCUAAUUUCCUUAUUUAACCCAUAAAGGCUACGUCUCUUGAAUGGUUUUGUUUAACACGAAGUUUUGAAAACAAUUACGUUCUUUUUUCGAAAAUUUAAUAUUACCAAUCGAUUGGUCAGAAAAUUUUACAUUGAGAAACACAUUUUUUUGCUUUUUAUUUUCAGAAGAUAUAAAACUUUAAAAACGCACGGUGCGAAUUCGUACCCAAGUGUCCUUUAUGGGUUAAUAUCUAAUGUGAUUUAAUGUUCCUUUAACAAAGAAAUGAGAUUAUAAUAUUCUGUCUCCCAGUAGAAACGUAUGCCAAUUACGAAAGCAAUACACGCAAGGCGUAUUUUGUAGCAAUACCAAAUAACUUACAAGCAAUUAUCGAAGACGCAGCUAUACGAACAAAUAUAACUUAAUCUUAAGUACAGAUAUACGUACAAUGCAGUUGAAAUCAGUUCAUAUUGUAUUCCGUUUACAUUAUUAUGUAUAUACACUGCUGACCAUUCAAAUUGUAUCAAGAAAAACAUGGAGAUAUCAAAAUGACACGUAUAUGAUAAAUUAUUUGUGAUAUAGGAUUAUUGUGAUGUAUGAAGUUUAGAAAUGCAACUUGGUAUUUUUAUUGGAAGCACAGCUCAUUUUCAUAUUUUACUAUGCAGAUUCAUCAACAAGUUUCAAUAUGAUUCAGUAUGACGCGUUUUUUUCUACUGUUACAAUUUUAACGAACAGCAAUGUGUAAUUCACUCAAAUUAUUUAUGUCUUAUUUACGUUAAAUAUUUCUAAGCCUCUUUUUAUAACAUAAACUAUAUAGGCAUUGCGUACGUUGAAUAUUGUUUUGUAUUUCUAUAAUAUUUUGAUGUUUAAUAUGUAUA